AUGUUCGCCAGACAAAUAACCCGAUCCUUCCGAUCCAUCCCUUCCCGCCGACUCCUCUCGACUGCCCCUUCAGCCUCAGCCUCAUCAUCGUUCAGCCGGAAUGCCGUGAUUGGAUUAACGACAUUGACGAUAGCUGCUUUGGCUGUUACUUCUGAGCAGAGAAGGGUAUGGAAUGAUGAUCGAGUGAGAGAGAGCGUUUUGGAUCAGGGGAGUUUGAAGAAGAAUGUACAUAAACGAGAAGCUGCCGACGCAUCGUCGUCAUCGUCAAAUACCGAUACGAUAAAGAAAGCCGCUGCUGAAAAGGUCGGAGAAGUGAAAGAGAAAGCAGUAGAGAAGACGCAAGAAGUGAAAGAUGAGGUCACCAAAGCUACCUCCUCCUCUUCGCCAAUCGAUGAGAACGCCGCCGCCCACGUCGUAGAAGAAAAAUCAACUGAAGCUGCUCAACCUUCCCAGGGGGCUUUUAACGAAGAGACAGGAGAGAUCAAUUGGGAUUGUCCGUGCCUCGGAGGAAUGGCCGACGGACCAUGUGGAGAAGAGUUCAAAGCUGCUUUCUCAUGUUUCAUCUAUUCCGAAGCUGAACCUAAAGGUGUGGACUGUGUGGAGAAAUUCAAACAUAUGCAAGAUUGUUUCAGAGCCCAUCCAGAGAUAUAUGGUGAAGAGAUUGACGAUGAUGAAGAACCUUCUUCCGAUGUUCCCAAUCCUGCCGAUGAAGGAGUGACAAUCAAAGAGGAUACCAAAGUCCCAUCAUAG